UUCGUCUCUCUCAGCAUUUAAUGAAGCCAUAUCCGCAUAGUGUGACCAACACACCCGAACAAAAAAAAUUCAACUAUAGAUUGUCUAAGUGCCGGCGUGUUGUGGAAAAUGCUUUUGGCCAUUUAAAAGCCCGAUUUAGGAGAAUUGGAAAAGGCGUGGAUAACCACAUCAAAAAUGUAAACACAGUUAUUUCAUGUGCAUGUGUUUUACAUAAUUUUUUGAUUGCUGAGAAGGAUUUAAUUUUGGAAAAUUGGCUAGUGGAAAUGCAUCGCGAUUCCAGGCGCAAUAUUCAAUACGGCACCAAUGCAGUUGACCGAUCUGAAGGAGAAUCGAUAAGAAAUGCGUUAAAGGAAUAUUUCAGUGCGGAAGCUUCGUUCAGUGCUGGAGACGAUGGUGGCGAAAAUGAAAAUGAAGCAGACGGAGCAGCUGAAAGUGAGGAGCAUGAAGGUGAAUUCGACGAUAUUGGCGAAAGUGAUGGAGCUGGCGAAGCAACCGAAUCAGGCAUGCCUACAUAUAUAAAUAGAAAUUAA